GCGACAGAUUGUUGUCCCUGAUACAAAACUGUCGAAAAAUUACGGACGAAGAAUCGAACACGGGACAUAGUCGUGCACGCGAGUCGAUUUUUUUCUCGACAGAAGUGCGAGAAGAACGGCGAGUGAAGGACAGGGUGCCCGAAACACAAGUUACGAACCUGAUCCAUCCGAAGCGCGGUGGUCCGCCGCGCUGAUGGGCCUAGCAGACGACAUGUUGGCUGCAGGGAGUACCUCGUCUCGGAUGUUUCGGCCGCGAAUUUUCUCGGGGAUUGUUGAGUGAGGAGAGCGAGCGAAUUCGGUGAAAGCGAGGUGUGGAGAGUGAAAAAACAAGACCACUCGAGGGUGUGUGCGAAGAGAGGGCACACGGUUGGGUUCCCCGAGUGGUGGUUGUGCCGUGGUCGUCGACGAGAAGCUCGCGGAGAGGGGUAGAGAGACUAGCGAGCAGCGGGGAGGGGGAACCCGGACGAGCCCUCGAAAAAUCGAGUCGAGGAACGAAAAUCAGAGAAAGAAGAAAAACUAGGAACGGAUCGUGGAGGAUUCUCCUCGCGGUUCCAAGUUGCACGAACAAGAUCACCGGAAUAGUAUCGGCAGAAAUCGCGAGAGCUAUAGAAAAGCGAGCAAACUGGUCAGCCACGCACUAUCAUUUUCCCUAUUUACGAGGUGCUGUCGAUUCUGCGAGCCUUUUCGUUUCAUUCGAACAACAACGAGCCAAGCAACGCACCGGAGCCAAUCUAUUUUAACUUCUCGUUGUUCUGUUCGAAAGGUAGGGGGCUGGGAGGCAAGGCGAGGCAGAGCUGUCGCGUACACGCGUCGCGAGUCCCUUCCUCCUGAAACGAUUUCGCGUGUGUCUCGUGUUCACGGGCCAUCACAGGAGGCGCAUCGGACGACAGUGCACGUCAACCUAUUAUCCCAGUCCCGGUCUUGCUCCCACUCUCUCGAGUCGCUCGUCGUACCUCGUGUGUACUCCCUCUAUCGCAAUCUGCCGCGAGUGUGUCGCGGCCGGUUCUCGCCCAGUGUUAAACGGAAGAUUCGGAAGUGGUUUCGUUGCCCCGAUAUAUCGCUGGUAUUUUCUCAUCGUGUAUCGGCCGUCUAGUCGUGCUUACGUCCGAUACGUAACUGGCCCGUGUUCUUCCUACGAGCGGAUCAAUUCGUCGAUCGGUGCUCCAGGUGUCAUUGUGCAAACGUAAAACGUCAGUACUAGAAAAUUAGACGCUGUACGUCUACGCUGAAAGAAAUAACAUCUUACUCGUAUCUCUGUACCUCGUACUUCAACACGGUACAACACGAAGUCAACGUUGGACCAGCAGCACCGUCGCGACACACAGUGUGUAUGUAGCUAUGGUUUCGCGGGCAGUGAAAGAAGCCGUGAAGUGAACGUGUGAGGUGCGAAACCAGAGUCCAAGAUAUACGUGUACGUAGUUGGUGUAUGAAAACGGGAGAUAGGAGAAAGACGGCAGAACAAAGGAGAAACGAAGAAAACUAAAGACUAUAAGGUCGCGAGACGAGACCGAUCACCGUAACGAUAGGCGGCGGGUGGAAAAGUGAGAAAGAGAGAGGGAGAGGGAAAGAGAGAGGGAGACGUCGAUAGAAGGACGAAGCUCGAGUGUAAGCGCGACGGUGAUAGAUUAAGUAUCGAGUGACAGACAGCCGGCCGGAACGAAGGAACGAACCUCGAAGCAGGUAAACGUGGAAACGGAGUGAAUCUCCGCGAACCGCGGGAGAGAGAGGGUGUUACUUAUAUCGAACGUCGCAUUCGCACGCGAGAUAAACAACGCGCGCCGGUAGUGCUCGUAACCGCGAGCUGUUCGGGCUCGGGGGAGGAGUAUCAGUGGUGAUAUUUCUUUGAAGCAAGAACAACAGAGAACCAACAGAAGUGGAAGGGAAGAGCGAAGAGGGCGAGCCGCGCGUGUCUCUCUCGUGGUGUGUCAUGGGGUGUUUCGGCAGCCAGAGCAGCAAGGCCAGCCAGGAUGACAGCAAGAACCAGAAGAGGCGCUCGGAUGCCAUUACCAGGCAAUUGCAAAAGGACAAGCAAGUUUACCGGGCCACUCACAGGCUCCUUUUGCUCGGAGCGGGAGAAUCCGGGAAAAGCACGAUCGUCAAACAGAUGAGGAUACUGCACGUUAAUGGCUUCAGCGAAGCGGAAAAGCGGCAAAAGAUCGAGGACAUCAAGAAAAACAUCAGAGACGCGAUACUGACGAUAACCAGCGCGAUGGGCACGCUAACGCCGCCCGUCUCUUUGGAGGAUUCGGGGAACCAGAGCAAAGUCGACUAUGUCCUGGAUGUCUCGUCCUCCCCGGACUUCGAUUAUCCCCCGGAGUUCUACGAAAUCGUUGAAACCCUUUGGAAGGACCGGGGCGUUCAGCAGAGUUUCGAGAGGAGUAACGAGUACCAACUAAUCGACUGCGCCAAAUAUUUUCUAGAUAAGGUAGCCAUUGUUAAGCAACCGGAUUACACCCCCACGGAACAGGACAUCCUCAGGUGUCGAGUCCUCACGUCCGGUAUCUUCGAAACGCGGUUUCAAGUCGACAAAGUAAACUUUCAUAUGUUCGACGUCGGCGGUCAGCGGGACGAGAGGAGAAAAUGGAUACAGUGCUUUAACGACGUAACGGCAAUCAUAUUUGUAACGGCGUGCAGUAGUUAUAACAUGGUACUCAGGGAGGAUCCGACGAAGCUCAGACUCAGAGAGAGUCUCGAUCUCUUCAAAAGCAUUUGGAACAAUCGGUGGCUCCGCACAAUUUCCGUAAUUUUAUUUUUAAACAAACAGGAUCUAUUGGCGGAAAAAAUAAAAGCAGCGAAGCACAAAUUAGAGGACUAUUUUCCAGAGUUUGCGCGAUACCAGACGCCGUCCGAACCCGGCGUGGUUGUGGAUCCCUCGGAACCACCUGACGUUAUAAGGGCCAAGUACUUCAUUAGGGAUGAAUUUCUCCGUAUAAGCACAGCGAGCGGCGACGGCAAGCACUAUUGUUAUCCGCACUUCACAUGCGCCGUCGACACGGAGAACAUCAAACGAGUGUUCAACGAUUGCCGGGACAUUAUUCAGCGGAUGCACUUGCGCCAAUACGAGCUCUUGUGACUUCGUUCCUGCCGACGUGUCCUGUCAUCCGUUCGCAUCAGAAUCACGAUCACGCUCCGCCUCGAUCCGAUCGAGGGCGCGAGGCGAGUCGUACAGCGGCCGAUCUGAAUAAAUGUAUCGCGAUGUACGGCGACGGCGCGCGGUGGUCCUCGUCGCGUCUCUGAAAACCGACGAUCCGUUCAGAAAUCGAAACGCGUCGACGGAAUCCGCGCGCAAAGGAAACGCGCGCGCUAGAUAUAUCGACGACUGCGCGCCGAUCUUGUUCUUCCUCGGCGGUGGGCUCGAGGAUAAAUAUCGUCGCGCCAGCAGUCGGGUGUCUCUAGGGGGGGUUUAACCGGAAAUAAAUCUGUCUCGCAACUGAGAAUCCAGACGUCUCUUUUUGCACAGAAUCGCUUACUAAUGUCUCGUUUGGUGUACAAGCAGAUUGAUUACGCCCCCCGCGCAUUCUACUCUCGCAACAAUCGUUUUCGACGGAAAAAAAUAAUCACCCGGGCAUUUUCCGAUCGUUACUCGACUACUCCCAUUUAGGUUCGACGAGGGUGUGCCGAACGGCGACUUUUUCGGGAGAGACGGAGAAAAAAUGAUGAAUGUUCGUUGCUGAGAAACACGUGCAAUUUUACCGAUUACCUCGUUAAUUUUAUUCUUAUUACGCAUCAAUUCGUUGAUAAGAGAGCGAACGAAUGUUUUAACGUCUCGGGCCGCGAUGUUAUGAAGUAACGGCUGUUCUCGUCCGGCACACUCGUCGCAGGUUUAAAAUUAAUCAUUAUCGGAUUUAGCGUUAAGAACGUUUUCCUAAGACUUAGGUGAUUUCUCCGAUAAUGUUCUUGCUGUUGAACGUUUUCUUUUACUCAUUUUUUUUGAAUCUCUGUUUUUCCU